AUGGUAUCGGAACAAAUUUCGUUUCGUGCAAAAUUAAAAAGUAAUAAACGACGUUCAUUUUCGAAUGAUGAUAUAUUAGUCGAGAUGUCGAAUGGCGCUUCUAAUGGAAAUGCACGUCAACGUAUACGUCAUUCAAAUUGGUCAAGUUUAGGUAGUCUAAACAGUUUUGGUGAAUCGACCACAACACCACCAUCGUCACAAGAGCACACGGGUAGUAGUGGAAGUAAUACAAAUGGUAGUGGACAACAACGUGAAACAUUACAUAGUCGAUUUGAUUUUAAACAAACAUUAGGCAAAGGUACCUAUGGAAAAGUUAAACUAGCACUAGAUAAGCGUAAGAAUGAACAAGUUGCAAUAAAAACAAUAAAAAAAUCACGCAUUGAAAAUCCACAUGAUUUGGCGAGAAUUCGACGUGAAAUUGACUUCAUGACAAGUCUUAAUCAUCCAUAUAUUAUAAAAAUAAAAGAAGUUUAUGAAAGUCGUGAAAAAAUUAUUCUUGUAAUGGAAUAUGCAAGUGGUGGAGAAUUAUAUGAUUAUCUCAAUCGUAUGAAACGGAUUCCAGAAUCUCAAGCACGGGCUAUUUUUCGGCAAAUAGUAUCUGCAGUCCAUUUUCUUCAUAAAAAUCAAAUUGUUCAUAGAGAUCUUAAAUUAGAAAAUAUUUUAAUUGAUCAUAAUGGUGAUAUCAAAUUAGCUGAUUUUGGUUUAAGUAAUAGUUGGUCACCACGUCGACUAUUACAUACAUUUUGCGGAUCUCCAUUGUACGCAUCACCAGAAAUCGUUUCCGGUAUUCCAUAUUAUGGCCCUGAAGUUGAUUGUUGGUCAUUGGGUGUUUUACUCUAUACACUUGUUUAUGGUUCGAUGCCAUUUCAAGGUGGUGAUUAUACUCGACUCGUACGCAAUAUAACUUCAGGCGAUUUUAUUCAACCUCGUGAACAAUCAGGCGCACUCGGACUGAUACGUAAAUGUUUGACGGUAAUACCAUCAAAGCGUUUUACUAUCGAUGACAUUGCGACGCAUUGGUGGGUGAAUCUUGGCUAUAAAUAUCCACCUGUUCAUUAUUAUCUUACACCGGCGAUGAAACAAAAUGGAACGUUAGUGCCAUCACAUAUACCAGCAAUAACAUAUGAUGAAACUGCAGUAAAAGAUAAUGAUUCUCUGACGAAAAAUAUUAAAUCAUCAGCACCUGUUUAUAUUCAAUCAGUACCGGUACAAAAUGGUCGUAAGACAGAUAUUCAAAUAAAAUAUAAACCAACAACAAAUGGAUAUAAUUCAACACCACGAACACAACGAUUGAAUAGCAAAAGCGAACAAACACCAAAAGCAAGUCGACGGACAUCUAAAGAGCGACAUUAUGACGGUGCACUUUCACUUAUACAAUAUUGCUUGAAACCCGAUGCUAAUAAUCGUGCUACAACAAAAGAUAUUCUUCGUCAUAAAUGGUUAGCAAAUGGACCUGUUCUUUCUAUACAAUUACGUUCAGCAGCAGCAACAUCAACAUCAUCCUAUUCAAAUAAUGAUCAAAACUCGUUAAAUAAUAACUAUGAUAAAACUCGUUUACGAACAGUCACACUUGAAAAUUCAAUAUCACCAUCAAAUUCACUUGUUGAACUUGAACUUCAUACGAGUUCAUUUUUUGAUACAGCUCGUUUACGUGAUAAUAUAUCAAUCAAUAAAGAACACCAACGACGAAAUCGCGUUUCAGCUAUACCGAUUUCUACACGUUAUCUUUCGUCGAAUAACGGAAAAGCAGAUGCAACUUUAUUAUCUCGUCCAACAUAUCGACGACCCGUAAGUUUAUCUCUUGAUCAUCAACAUCCAAAUCAUGAACCAUUACAAAUGCAGUCGGUUAAUAAUCGACAUGCUCAACAAACAGUUCCAUCAACAUCAACGAGAGCAAUACCAUAUGAUAAUAAUAAUGAUCGAUAUCAUACAUUACAAGCAACAAAUCAAUUUGUUUCUCCAACGUCAUCUGAAUCAACGACAACAACUAUGCCACCAUCAUCUUAUCUUGCUUCAAGUGAUUUAGAUUUCGCACUAAAUGAUCUCAAAUGUAAAACAAUUUAUAAAUAUACAUCACCAUCAACAAAAACUGAACAUAAUGUUACAACGAAACUUCCAAAUUCAACAGCAACUGUUGCGCCAUCCGUAUUUACAACAUCAGCUAUUAAAUUUGCUCCAGUACCUAAUCGACGAAUAAGUCCAUUGAAAGAUCAAGAAAAUAAUUCAUCUAAUAGCACAGCACGUCUAUUGAAUAAUACUGCUUCUAAUCCGUCUCAUAGUAUUGAUGAUAGUAUUAAUAAUACUUUUACUACUAAUAAUAAUAAUAUUGAACAACACUCAUCAUUAACUAAACUUGAUUCACCAACAUCGUAUAGUACACAAAAAAAUCGUUUACUAGAUGAUAACAACAAUUUAGUUUCAUUAAAAGUAUACGAGUAG